AUGUAGUUGUAAUAACACAACUCGUUUAUCUAAUUUGCAAGAUAAUUGUUAGAACAACAAUCUUCAUCGAGUCCAGACAUGGAUGAACACAAAGACUCUUCUUUAGACAUGAGUUAGCUAAUUAAGUUGCAACACACUAUUCCUGACAAUAUUUUAAUCUCUCCUGAACCUUCAAAAAAGAAGGGUUCCAUUCCUCUGCCCUCUGAUGAUCCUUGCAAUUGUAGCAGAUCUGGGUGUAGAAAAAUGUAUUGUGAGUGUCUAGCCAAGGGAAGACUUUGCUCUUCAUUUUGUAGUUAUAAUAUUUCUAUUUAAUAGGCAGAUGCCAAAAUUGCCAUAACAAGACUCCAAACAAGCUUGUUUAAAAUGUCAUCGAAGAACUAGAUCAAAACAGGAACAGAAAACGAUUUCGAUCAAGAAGGUUUAAGGAUGUAAUUCAUUCAUCUAUUCUAGGGAUGUACAUGCUAAAAGUCAAUGUGUUUGAAGAAAUAUUGUGAGUGCUUCAACUCUGGAAAAAGUUGUGGCUCUGGUUGCAAAUGUGUGAAUUGUGAAAAUUAUGUUCUUGACGAAGUCGAAAAAAUUAUUUGCUCGCCAAAUUAAAAGAAAACAUCAAAAUUUUCAUCUAAAUUCGAAAGUGCUAAUACUAAUACUAGAUCGGAUUAUUAUGGGUUAGUCUUAGAGAAACUCGAUUUAGAAGAGUUCGAAGAAUCUGAGGAGUGUAAUUUUAUUUCUAAUUAUAUAGAAUUGGACAAGAUGAAUACCACUGUUAUAAUGAUAUUAGGUUAGUUAAUCAUUUGA